AUGCAGCACCAUCCAUCCUCUGGCGCCGACGGUGUCGUCCUUGCCGACGACCCCGGCUAUGACGGGGACGUCGAUGCUGACAGUGACAGCGACGUCACUACGCCAGCCUCCUCCGAUGAGGACAUGGCCGGUGACUCUGAGUCGUCGGCCGUUGAGUCGUCAGUCGCCGAGUCGGGGUCACCCACAAGCGUGCAGGAAACCCCUGCCAGUGAGACUCCCGAGGACCAGCAGGCUCGGGAGGAGGAUCUAAUCCUGGAGGCCAUUGAUAAGGCGUAUGAUUGGAACCUCACGACUGACGAAGAGCUGAUGGCUAUACUGAAGCCCUGA